GUCAUCCAGUCAAAGGGACAUUCACCUGAACUAGCUCACUCCUCUCUCUGCCAGAGAGGUGGAGGGCAGUAUAGAUAACACUGACACUCAUAGUUUUCUAGUUGUUGGAUGUGAGGCCCUAUGCGUGACUCUUUGAAAGGGAGCCAGAACCAAAAGAGUGAAUCUAAUUUUAUAUUUAACAUUUGCACUCAGAUAUUUUCAACUUCCAUAAUUAUUAUUUUUAAUCAUUUGUGUGAACUAUAAGUUUUUUUUAAACUUGGAUUUGACUUUUUGUUUUGUUACCAUGGAAAUCUAUUGGAAGAUUGGAAUUGUAUACAGAACCUCCUGUGAUAUAACAAAGCUGUUCUAAAUUAUUAGUUUAUGAUUGACCAUAUCACUCAAAAUAAGAGAAGAGAUCUACAGGGAAAGAUCCAGGUGCAGCUCUCUAACCAGUCAGAGCUUCUCAUUUUGUGUGUUACAUGUCAUAUCAACUGAUGGUGUGAAAGGAAACCCAACAAUCACCAGUUCGAGCAGAAGAUUAAAUGCUAUUCAAACAUUUAAAGGACACAUCAGUAGACCAUCUGAUGCCUCAAAAACCUUUUUUUUUUUAAUUUAAAUAUAUGUAUAUACUGUUUUUUUCUUGUUUUGUAUCACUCAUACUUUGAUCUUUUUUAAUAUUCGUUGAAAACAAGGCGUUGGGGGGGGGGGGGAUCUGUACUUUGUACUUUUUCUAGUAGGAAGUCUACACUCUGGACUUCCGAGUCAUCUGACACAGAGGAAGAUCACCGGUUCCCUCUGGUGCUCGGAUCUCGUAUUUCCCAGAGUCUCCGUCUCGUCAUGGCUGCUACGACCCGAGCUCUGGUGUCCGGUCGGUGGCUGGCGGACGCGAUCGGAUCGAACCUCGUCGGUCCCAAGCUUCGCAUCCUCGACGCCUCGUGGUAUCUACCGAAACUGAGGCGGGACGCGAAGGCCGAGUUUGUGCAGAAGCACAUUCCGGGCGCCUUGUUCUUUGACAUAGACGAAUGCAGCGACCGGAGCUCCGCGUUCGAUCACAUGCUGCCAACCUCCGGCCACUUCUCUCAGUACGUCGGAGCCCUGGGCAUCGGUCGCGACACGCACGUAGUCGUGUACGACACCAGCGACUUCGGCUCGUACAGCGCGCCCCGGGUGUGGUGGAUGUUCCGUCUGUUCGGACACGACUCGGUGUCGGUGCUGGACGGAGGUCUGAAGAACUGGCUGGCCGACGGUCACCCGGUGACCCCUGAGUGCUGCACACCGGAGCGCAGAGAGUUCAGGGCCACGACGAACGCGUCGUGGGCGAAGAGCUACGAGGACGUGCUGGAGAACGUGGGAACCAAACAGGUGCAGGUGGUGGACGCCAGGUCCGCCGGCAGGUUCCGGGGGGUCGAGCCGGAACCAAGAGAUGAUACGCUGCCGGGCCACUUCCCCGGUGCAAUCAACAUGCCGUUCACUUCUUUCAUGGACGCCUCUGGAAAGGAGCUGGGCACUGAUGAGCUGUCCAAACUGUUCAAAGAGGCAGGAGUGGACCUGGAGAGACCACUGUGGGCCACCUGUGGUUCCGGUGUCACAGCGUGUCAUGUUGUCCUGGCUGCUCAACUACUUGGCCACCCUGGGGUGUGUGUUUACGACGGCUCCUGGGCUGAAUGGUUUAAGAGGGCAAGUCCGGAGCAUAUCAUCUCCGAGGGAGAAGGAAAGAAGGUGUGAACAAACAAGAGGAGAGGCAGUGGACAACAACACACUGAGAUCUGAUGUUGCUUUUACAAGGGAAAGAUGUUAGUCUGCUGCCGACAACCGUGACAGGUCAAGACCGCAAUACUACAAAUGCUAGAUGUACAGUGUUGUUGAGAUAUGUGCACGGAGAGGUUGUUGUUGAACUUACUAACAAAACAGUUGCAGGUUUUGACAGCUGUCAGAAAUGUUACUUGAAAAUGUACAGUGAUCUUUAUUUUGAUUACGAGAAACAUGAAUAAUUUAGAUUUUUUAUCCAUCUCUUAAGAAAUCUUUCAAGACAGAAGGACUUGUUCUUGGAAAAAGUCCACUUCCUUCAUAAAAUCAUGUGAAUAUUGUAUUAUUGUACACAUUUUACAAUAAAUGGAUGCCUGAGGUAUUUUGUUUUCUUCUGGUA